CGGCGGUCCCGGCCCGUCCCGACCCGAGGCGGCGGCGGCGGCGGCCUGAGGCGGGCGGUGUUGUGGGCCGCGCUCGGCCGGGCCUGGGGCCUGGGCCAGGGGAUGGGCGCCGGCGGCGGCGGCGGCGGGUCGUGGCGGUAGAGAGGGAGCGGCGCGGCGCGGCGCGGCCCCGGCAUGGAGCGGCCGAGCGGGGACAUCAUGCGGCGCAGCCCGCAGCAGGACUACGAGGUGAUCCAGCGGGUGGGCAGCGGCACCUACGGCGACGUCUACAAGGUGAUGACUUUUCCUUGAUCCAGCAAGAAAUAUAUAUGGUUAAAGAAUGCAAGCACUGCAAUAUUGUAGCCUACUUUGGGAGCUAUCUCAGCCGUGAAAAGCUGUGGAUAUGUAUGGAAUAUUGUGGAGGUGGAUCACUUCAAGACAUAUAUCACGUAACAGGACCGCUGGCAGAGUUACAAAUUGCAUAUGUCUGCAGAGAAACUUUGCAGGGUCUUUCUUAUUUGCACGUAAAAGGCAAAAUGCAUAGAGAUAUAAAGGGUGCCAAUAUUCUGCUAACAGACCAUGGUGAUGUGAAGUUAGCUGACUUUGGUGUAGCAGCAAAAAUAACAGCCACCAUUGCGAAGAGAAAAUCUUUUAUUGGUACCCCUUAUUGGAUGGCUCCAGAAGUUGCAGCAGUGGAAAAGAAUGGUGGUUACAACCAGCUCUGUGAUAUCUGGGCAGUUGGCAUAACAGCAAUUGAACUGGCAGAGCUUCAGCCACCCAUGUUUGAUCUUCAUCCAAUGAGGGCCUUAUUUUUAAUGUCAAAAAGCAAUUUUCAACCUCCAAAGCUAAAGGAGAAAGCAAAAUGGUCAUCCACAUUCCAUAAUUUUGUGAAAAUAGCACUUACAAAAAAUCCAAAGAAGAGACCAACAGCAGACAGGCUCCUUACUCAUAGUUUUGUAGGCCAGCCUGGUCUUUCAAGAUCUCUAGCAGUCGAGCUGUUGGACAAAGUGAAUAAUCCUGACAACCACGCACACUACAGUGAAGCUGAUGAUGAUGAUUUUGAGCCCCACUCUGUUAUUCGCCAUACGAUUCGCUCUACAAACAGGAAUGUUAGAGCAGAAAGAACAGCGUCGGAGAUAAAUUUUGACAAGCUGCAGUUUGAGCCUCCCUUACGGAAAGAAACAGAAGCUCGGGAUGAAAUGAUUGUGGCAGGAGGUGCAGACUUUGCUUCACAUUGGAGUCCUUUUGUUGAUGGUGGAAGCAGCAGCAAGGGACCGCUUACAAAAUUUGGCGAUGGCAGUGAAGAUGUUGAAGAAUCAACCCUAAAGCGAGCGGGGCCACCUCCACUACCUCCAAAGCCAAGGAUAAACAGUUACCCCGAAGAAAACCUUCCGGACGAUGAGAGAUGUCAGACAAUAAAGCAUUUUCCUGACUCCCAAAACAGAGCCCCCUCAGCUCACAGGAGACAGAGUAUUCCAGUGUGUGGGCCGCAAACUGAGCCUUCCCCCAUCGGUAUCAGCAGCAGCAUCAGCAGCCCGGGAUUACUUACGACUAGAUACAGUGACCUGGGAAAUGGAGGUAGCAUGAUGAAACUCAUAGAAGAAAAUACAGAAGGUUCUGCACAAAUCCCCCAGCUGCCACGGAAAAAAGAUAAGCGAGACUUUCCGAGGCCAGCGAUCAAUGGCCUGCCGCCAACACCAGAGGUGCUGAUGGGAGCAUGUUUUUCAAAAGUAUUUGAUGGCUGCCCUCUGAAGAUUAACUGUGCAACAUCAUGGAUACAUCCAGAUACAAAAGAUCAAUACAUUAUUUUUGGAACCGAGGAAGGUAUUUAUACAUUGAAUCUGAACGAACUUCAUGAAGCAACAAUGGAGCAGUUAUUCCCCCGGAAGUGUACCUGGCUGUAUGUUAUCAAUAAUACCUUAAUGUCAUUAUCAGGAAAAACGUUUCAGCUUUACUCCCAUAACUUAAUAGCUUUGUUCGAACAAGCCAAAAAAACAGGAUUAGCUGCUCAUAUUCAAACACAUAGGUUUCCAGACAAAAUAUUACCAAGGAAGUUUGCCUUAACAACAAAGAUUCCCGAUACAAAAGGAUGCCACAAAUGUUGUAUAGUAAGAAAUCCAUAUACAGGACACAAGUACCUGUGUGGGGCAUUGCAGUCUGGAAUUGUUUUACUUCAGUGGUAUGAGCCAAUGCAGAAGUUCAUGUUAAUAAAGCACUUUGAUUUUCCUUUGCCAAGCCCUUUGAAUGUGUUUGAAAUGCUAGUGAUACCAGAGCAGGAAUACCCUAUGGUCUGUGUAGCUAUCAGCAAGGGUACAGAGCCAAAUCAAGUAGUUCAAUUUGAGACAAUCAACUUGAACUCUGCUUCUUCGUGGUUUACAGAAAUCGGUGCAGGCAAUCAACAGUUGGAUGCCAUUCAUGUCACACAGCUGGAAAGAGACACAGUUCUAGUCUGCUUGGACAAAUUCGUGAAAAUUGUGAAUUUACAAGGGAAGCUGAAGUCAAGCAAGAAGCUGGCCUCUGAGCUAAGUUUUGAUUUCUGCAUUGAAUCUGUGGUGUGCCUCCAGGACAGCGUGUUGGCCUUUUGGAAGCAUGGCAUGCAAGGCAAAAGUUUUAAAUCAGAUGAGGUUACCCAAGAGAUAUCAGAUGAAACCCGAGUUUUCCGCUUGCUGGGAUCAGACAGGGUUGUGGUGUUAGAAAGCAGGCCAACAGAAAAUCCUACCGCACACAGCAAUCUCUACAUCUUGGCUGGACAUGAAAAUAGUUACUAAGCAACAGUAACCCAACGCAAAAAACAAGCGAAUGAAUACAACACAUAAGGAAAAGUGGAACCAUUAAGGAAACUCGAUACAAGCUGGACUAGGACUUGCUAUUCCUUUUUUUUCUCGAUACCUUAACGAUCUGGUGUGUAGGGUAGAAGUCGAUAUGUUUUUGCAGCUGGAAACGGCUGGUUCCGUCUCUUGCCACUGUGUGGUUGGUUAUAUCAAGUUUGCUUAAUAAAAGCUCUGAGUUAAAUAGUCUUUCACUCCUUAGACAUAAAGAAACACAGCCAUUAAGAAAUAAUGUAUGCGAUAUAGGUGCCAUAAAAUGUUAAAUAUUUUACUUCCUUUGGAUUGUCUUUUUUCCUGUAGAUACAUAGCGCUGGCUGUUUCCCCUUUUAUACCAAGUCUUAUUCUUAAUAAAGAGGAUUCAUGUAGGAAGUGAGGGUAUCAACAAAGCUUUUAGUUUUUAAACCUGCCAUUCUGUAUGGCUUUGUAAAAUAGACUAUUUAAUCCUUAUUUAUUAAUCUGCUGCUAGGAUGGUGUAAUGUAUCUAACUUUUAGCGAAGAAAGGUUGCAGAGCAGCUUACAAGUUUGUUUGUUUUUUACAAUUGUAUAAAGAUUUGAUUAUUCUUUCUCCUUGUAGAGAUGUAGUGCGUUGUGAAGGGGGUUAUAUUCCACUGUUGGUUGUUCAUGUAUAAAUGCAGUUUUGUACAACAAAGUAUUUUGUAUUGAUUUUCCUUGCAGCAUUGCCAUAAAAGGGAGUUUCUCAUUUACUGAAAUAAUUACAUGUAGGUUGUAUACAAAAUGUAAUAUUGAUGAUCUCUGAUAUUUUGCUAGUGGGUGGGUGUGCACUGUGUGUGUGUGUGCGUGUGUAGUCGACAGGCAGCCGUGUAUUUUAUAGCAGUAAAAUGCAUACAUUUUAUUUUCAUACAUUAGAGCGAACUCUGGGGAAAUUUAUAUGAAAGCCUUAAGUGGAUUGUACCUAGUCAUCCUUAAUGAAUGAAAAUGAAAUGCAUCAAGCUGCCCAUGACACAUUGUAUUUAUACUAUUCCAGAGGGGAGCUGGUAGGACAGCUAUGCUGACAAGGUUCUUGUUUGUAUGGUUGUUUAGGUCACUACUUGCCAAGCUGUUGUUCACUGAUGACUAUUUCCCAACUGCAUGGUGUGUGUGUGUAUGUGUAAUAAUAAUACUACUUCAUUUUAUAUAUAUAUAAAAUGAAUUGGUAUUCUAUAAUAAAGCUUGAGGUCACUUCAGUUUCUCCCCCUUCCCAUUUUUAGUUCGUCAUCCACAUUUUUCCUUUACCCCACCGUAUUCCUCCAUUAAAGAAUCACAUUGCUUCCUGUUGUCUGCAUUCAUUAAUUAACGUUCUUAUGGUACCAGUCAGCUCCAUCAUAGACUGCUGAUCAAACACAGGAUAGGGAUUUACUACCUCACACUAACCAGCCAGCUGUGAUGAUUUAUUUGAAAAAUCUGUUCUAGCAUCCUGGUGCAUUGCAUCCAGUGACCUGCCAAAACGGUAGGGAAAACAGGUUAGACCCCUUCACACUCCCCUUUCAAAACUGGAAUGAAGUAAGUGUGAAACUAUCUGGCAUGAGGUUUUGGUGGCAAAUUAUGCGUGAAAUUGUGAGUGGUGUGAUGUUACAUGAUUCCUGUCAAAAUAGAGAGUCAAGUUGUCUGUUUGGAAAUCAAGCGGCCUUAUUCAGUACAGAUGAAUUAACUCGGCGUACUUGAUACACGUGGUGAAUCAGUAUUAUCUUUUUGUUACCCGGUACCUCUGGAGUUGUUUUUUUUUUGUUUUUAUAUUGUUCUGACAGCUUGAAAGAGAGAUGCUGCCUGUGUACAUUGAGACAUUUUCUCCACCUGAAUUGCCAUUUAAACCUAAUAUUUUGCUGUGAUUUAACAUUUAAAUCAAGUCACACUUUUAGUUCAUAUUGAUGUUGAAUAAAUAUUAAACAUAAAGGCAGAGCUUAAUGGGUAACAAAUUAGCAUACCAAAAGUGGACUGAUGCUAAAGUAAUGUGGCGAGUUACUCAAAAGUACUUGAGAAACGCAGUCUAAUGGUCUGUGGCUGAUGACCUUUUUUUUUUUUAACAGGAUCCCAUAUGGCAAAGCAACCUAUCUAAAAUACUUUGUUCCUGCUAAUGUGUUUAAGCUGUGUGUACAUUUGACCGAAAAGAGAUUCACUGGUUAAAAGUCUUCUGAGCUGAAUUUCUGUGUUGUUUGAAGCAUUUUAACAGUAUUAUCAGAAUAUUCUUCUUGUAUUAUCGCUUGGAUGGUUGAAAAUAAGUGACUUCACAAUUACGUAACAAUGUUUGGGUAGCAUGUACUGAUAUUUGUUAGUAUAUCAAAUGCAUUUGCCAAUAGGUAAAGGUUAUUUGUGACUAAUUCUAACUAUUAGAAGUAAUACAAGAAGGACGCAUGUGUUAGUAGGUCAUGAAAAAAGGCUAAAACAGAGAAACAAAUUAAGCAAACUGAAGAAGCUUAAGCAUAGCUGUAUAAAUGCCAUACAGCAAAUGUCUUUGUGACCUAAAUUGUCACCGCACAAACCCGCUGCAGAGGGCAUCCUUUUGCUUGUUCUUAAAAAGCACUAAACAAAUUGUGCAAGCACAUGGCUAAGAGUAUCUGUGUUCGAGCGACGGAGGGUGCGUCCCAGGUGGAGUAAAUACCCGUUCAGACAUUGCUUAGCAAACGGUGACAUUUCAGUAUUGAUCCCUGGCCACGACAGAGGUCUGGGGGCAAGUUGCAGGAUUAUUCAACCUAGAUCUGUAAAAGACACGAUUGAAUUGGGGUUUUUAAGCAGAAUUUCUUAAUCUACCAUAUAUUCUCAAGGGCUUUGUCCAGUCAGGUCAAGAUGAAGUGGAGUUAAUGGGAAUACCUUGUGGAUUCCCCUCCUUAAUCUAAGGCUUCACAGAUGGUUGUAGGAGUAGAAUAAAAACUGUGAUUUACACAUUUCCAACCCAUUUUUCAUCAUUAAAUCAGGCAGUAGCAGUGGGUACUUCCAGUGGCCAAUACAAUGGGCAGCUGUAAAGACGUUGUAUCCGGUCUGUGCUUUGUAUGGUUUGUGACAUUUAUUCUGGGGUAGAGGUACCCCAGACAGCAAUUACUUCCCCUUUAGAAGAGGUUUGCUUGCUCCCGUUACCUUUGAAACCAAUCAAAGUAUUCAUUAUUUGACGCGCCACCUUUACGUAUUCAAGUUAAAAGCCUUAAAUAGGCUCCUCGAGUUUUCUGAAAUUCAAAGAGCAGUCGAAACGCAGGCAGUAGACGAGGAAAUCAAAAGGGGUUAAUUAAUGUAAUCAAAUCCAUUGUAACCGAGAAACACAUCUGUAAUUGUAUUUGACAUCUGAGUCAACAGAUGAAAGGUACAGCACGUCAGCGAAGCACACAGCGCCGCGAAGCAGCAAUUUCGGUGCCAGCAUCCGGAAACAGGCAAAGACGGAGACGCUUUCGGAGAUGUAUUUCUUUUCUCUCGCUUUUAUUAUUAGGUUGUAACUGAGGCUGGAUCCUAACUGUACUUGUUCUGGUUUGGCUUGAUUCUGCUGUAGGUUUUCCCGUGGCGGUUCUCUUCGUUUUCAAACCUGCGCCAAAUAAACUUUGCUUGAUUUGAUACCUGGA